CCCUUCUGGAUUCUCAUGCCAUGUCUAUUGGGCAAUGACAGGCAUUAUCAGACUGAUAUUCCCGUUUUAUCUCGUCUGACAACGUAUAAGAAGGGAUUCAAGACGCACCUCUAGCAUAGCCGGCACGACGCUCGUUUCUCAUCUGUCUGUUACAGUGACUGUCAAUCCUGUCGUUUCGUCCUUCAAAUCGGCUUGCCUUUAGACAUCUGGUUCGGUAUACCAUAUCGCUCUCAAACCACACGACAUGCGAGGCUCCUUUCAAGCUGCGUUGCUAUUGCCUUUGGCUCUAGGGAAUGCGCUCCCAUACGAGGAUAAGCACUUCGAGAAGAGGAGUUUCGAUCGCGUUGAUGACAUCCUCGCUGGCCUAGGUAGCAUUAAGCAGGACCUGAUGGCUGGUGGUGCUGCACUCAAUCAGCAACUCUACCAAGCUGUUCAACAGCCAGCGCAGUACAAGAAGUGCAGCCCCACCAACAUUCAAGUCAGGCAGGAAUGGUCUACCUUCUCCAAGACCGAAAAGAAGGCAUACAUCAGCGCCGUUCAGUGCCUAGGGAAGCUACCGUCCAAGACAUCAAAGGAAACGUGCCCGGGCUGCAAGAACAGAUACGACGACUUUGUGGCAACACAUAUCCAGCAGUCCUUCAAUAUCCAGUAGAUGCCCCUACAUUGAUGGUACAUUAGAUACGUACUGACUUC